AAGAGCGUCCUCAGCAUUAGCCAAAAAAGAGACUGCAAAACAAAAGGCAACAAGUCAGAUAACAAUGGAGUCCAAGUUUAACAAAGUCAACAAAACUAUAUAUCUGAAGUCCUUAUUAGGGCUGUUAGCUAUUGUUACUGUUAGCUCAUGUUUCAAUGGCUUUCGAAAUUUGGAGCAAGAGAAUAGAGGCAACUUGGUACAACAUCUCGUUCACUUACAGAGCAAUGCAAUAAGAGUUAUUCAACAUGGGUUCAUCACUUUGGCAAUAAAAUUUCUACAUUUCUUCGUCUCAAGGUGUUUACAGUUUAGAUAUUUGCCACCACUGUUGCCAGCAACUUCUACCAUCUCAAUGCUGUUCUGGGUAGCUUUCACCCGGGCAAUUUCAUCCAUGUCCAAUGACUCCUUGUAAUAUUUACUUCAACACAUCUGUUCUCUCUCAUAUUUCCCCCCUCUCCAGUCUCCUCUGUGCCUUCUAUUUUUAUUUUUUGAGUCGUGGCAAAGUUCUCUAUUUAUUUACUCAAAAUAAAUAAAAGAAGUUCACUAAA